CCAAAGGGUUUAUGAAAGGGUUUAUGAAAAGUGUAACAUACGGUAAAAAGGGUAUAUUAUUCGUUGCACUUUCAUAAACCCUUAAAGGGUUUAUUAUUCUACGCUUUUUUUUUACAGUGUGGUGGUAUGUUUACUCAUGAAAAAGAUUUUUUGGCUAGAUUAGCACACGAUUUACCUGUUUAUGCUAAUUUAAAAGUUACAGAAUAUCGUGUAAAAAGAGCUGCUCGUGAUGAAUGGGCAGAAAAUUUAACUAGAAAUGCUAAACAACUUCGAAAUGAACAAUGUACUUUAACUUAUCGUAUAGAUCCAUUCAAUGAACAGGAAUCAGCUUGUGUACAACCGAAUGAAUAA